AUGACAGCUAUACAGCUAACGGGAGAUGAGAUGCGCCACCUCUCUGAAGAGCUAGGAGAUGUUUCGACGAGAUGUUGUGUGCGGAGGACCGUUGGUGCGCCUACUCCAUCACACGUCACAUUUGAAUACCUCAACAAAGGCGCCGCCAAUAUCAUCUUCAAAAUCCAGAGUUGGACUCCGAAUAGUCCUGCGACGACAUUUUCCUUUAUCGAUGUUUUGCGCGAAGGUCAAUUGUCUUUCAGAGCUACGACCAUGGACUAUGACUAUCUCAUGCGCCACGUUCUCAGAGUCCCCAGAGGUGGCCAGAAACAUUUAUCAUCCAUGGAAAUUAUCUAUGGAUACGAGCGUGUGAUCCGGCCGUUGUUUUUGCCAGGCAAAUACAAGACCCUUGGUCAGGCCACAGUAUCGCGAAACGGUGCCGACACCCCUCUCACAGUGCAACUCAACCGAGACCUCACCAAACAUCUUAUGGACCAUGAAGCUGUGCUCCUACUACCAGAAGUAAUGAACCAUCUCUACACAAUAGGUGGAAAAGGCACAUUUAACAACAUCACACCACGAAACUGCUGGGGCAUACUCCUUCCCAACAUGUCACCUACCCCUGGACAGUCAAUAACGCUCGAGAUCAAACCCAAGUGGCUAGCGCAAUCACCAAAUGCGCCUCCAGGAGCUAUCCGAUGCCGGACUUGCGCUAUGCAGGUCUCUGUGCCUAAGAAUAGAGAAAGCUACAUUUGCCCGCUCCAAGUGCUCCACGGGGACUCGAAAGCCCUUCGCCCCUGGGCACAUGCAACAGUUAAGCGCCACUUUGGCAGCAAAUCGCCGUCCCAGACUGUAGUUUCAGCCAUGGUUGAAGGCAUCGUGACCUAUCUUACGGUUGGAGACGGCGUCGACCUAUUGCGGCAUCUAUUUCAAUUGCAAAGUACACUUGAUCCGUUGGGUGUCCUUUGUCGCCCGCAGCAUGGGUCAGAACUGUUUGACCAUAAUCUCCGGCUAGCAAUGACUCUAAGGGACUGUUCGCUCUUCAUCAAGAUCUCCUACAACACCAGCGGCAUGACGGGAAUCGAGUCAAAGCUUGGUGAUCUUGACUUCAAGUCAGCCGAGAAGAUUGUCGAUUGGAUGGACAAGGAAAAGCAGCUGUUGAACGAAGGUGCCUAUUUCGCCUCCACAGGUCCGCCAUGUUGGAUCCAAAAUGGCCGAUGA